CCAUCUGGUAUAUAAGUCCAAACAACUUCAACCGAAAGUCACAUAUCUCAUCUUUCCCCCCCAAGUUUCUCUUUUUCCCUUGUUGGAAUCCGAUGGGUUGCCACCGGACAUGGUUUCUGCAGCUGUUGGCGGUGUUCCUCCUGUGGAGCAGUACGUCGGCGGUCUGCCGGAAAAACAUGGCCCGAGCUCAGGGUAAGAAGGCACUCCGGGUUGCUGCAGGGAAGCCUUCCUUCAAGAUCGCCAUUUUCGCCGACCUCCACUUCGGCGAGAACGCCUGGACCGAUUGGGGACCCUUACAGGAUGUCCUUUCCACCGGCCUCAUGUCUUCGGUUCUCGAGGAACAAAAGCCAGAUUUCGCGGUGUACUUGGGCGACGUAAUCACGGCGAACAACAUGGCGAUUGCGAACGCCAGCGCUUACUGGGACCAAGCCAUUGCUCCGACCCGCGACAAGAGAAUACCGUUUGCGACCGUGUUCGGGAACCACGACGACGCAAGAUUCGAGUGGCCGAUGGAGUGGUUCUCCCCGCCGGGAGUCCCCAAAGUCAGCUGCCCGGCGGCGGCGGGAGCCGGCGACUGUAGCUUCAGGGGAACGGGUCGGGUGGAAUUGAUGAGGAAGGAAGUGGAAAGGAACAGGGAGCUGUCGUUUUCAGCAAGCGGUCCGAAUUCCCUGUGGCCGAGCGUGUCGAAUUAUGUGGUGCCGGUGGGUUCUUCCAGCGGCAGCGGAUCGCCGGUUUUGUUGAUGUAUUUUCUGGAUUCCGGCGGCGGUUCGUAUCCCGGCGUUAUUUCCGGUGCUCAGUCGGACUGGCUUCAGGCUAAGUUUAGAGAACUGAAUCCCGACGGCAGGAUUCCGGAAAUCAUGUUUUGGCACAUACCAAGUACGGCUUAUGCCAGCGUAGCACCAAAAUCGACGGCGGGAGUGGCGCAGCCAUGUGUGGGCUCGAUCAACGCUGAGAGUGUCGCCUCUCAAGAUAAAGAAAUCGCCACGAUGGACAUUCUCGUUAAAAGACCUUCUGUCAAGGCAGUUUUUGUAGGGCACAACCAUGGAAUGGACUGGUGUUGCCCCUACCAAAAGUUGUGGUUGUGCUAUGCCAGACAUACUGGCUAUGGCGGAUAUGGCAGUUGGGAUAGAGGUGUCAGGAUGGUGGAGCUCACCGAGAAGCCAUUUUCUCUCAAGUCGUGGAUCACCAUGGCCGAUGGGGAAUCCCAUAGCGAAAUCAUCCUGGCAUCCUAGUGCAAAUGAGAAUGAUGUGUUUGAUGUAUAUGUCUGUGAUGACCUGCAAAGCUAGAAAUCCUUAUUUUCACACUCUUAAUUCCAUUUACGGAUCAAUAAUCUACUCUCAUAUUCUAUGUUACUAAUGUUAUCUGAUGCUGAAGAAGAUUCAAACCUCAGGGCAGAGUUGUGGAAUGAAUGCAAAUCAGGGGUGACACCCACCACCAACUGGAAGAAGAUUUUUGCCCGAAGUCAGCAAAAAGAUCUGAACUUUAUGGGAUUGAUGAACGAAUUUUCAGAUACAAAUCAUAACCUUCAGCCUGG